CAGGUGACCAUUUCGGUUGAAGCGUGGGUAUCAGCUCUUAUGAUCAAGAACAGCCAUUCCAUUUCAAGAUGUGACGGCAGGAACUUUCGAUAUGUCCUCAAUCUGACUGCUUGUUUUAGACAAGAAAGGUUCAAACUCUGCUACUGUGCUCCAUCCGCCAUCAUGCACCGCUCGACAUUAAGCUUCUAUUUUUCACCCCGGGCUCCCCACAAAAGGGAACAGAAACAGCUGUCAGAAGGUGUGGAGUAGCAUAGAGUGUCAACACCAGCCAUUGAUAAGGGUCCGGUUGGUCCAACUCUAUCCCCCGGCGGCACGGCCCAUCCUGCAACAACUGUACUAGCAAUGUGACGUCGGGUGCGCAAUUUCUCUUGGGUAUUCACAAAAGGGCUUCAGGUGUUUUCCGAUAGCCUGCGGGAGAGAGGCAAUAUCGAGAGCCACAAUCAUCCAACCCAAUCAAAACUUAUCAAAUAUAUAUACCUUUCAUCAACAGACAAGUCUGUCGGAGAAAGAAAACCUCUUCGCCAUUCAGACUUGACGAUAAUCUUUGAGUUUUUGAACAGCUACCUUUUCGGCCUUGAACGAACUCACUGCAGCCGACGGAACCAUGGAACCGUUCUCUUGGUCAGAGGCAGAUUGCAUUUUGAUAAUUAUGGCGUUAGCUUGGCACGACAACAAUGUCGCCCAACUCAUGGUGGGUGAGGCGAACGCUGUGUUGAGCAUCGAGUUCGACUGCCCGACAUAUCUUGUGGUGCCGGAGCAGAGAAUGCCACCCCGGCGAUUCGAUCUUGCGAUACUCAAGGUUGCCACCAAUCAGUUGUUUUUUCGCAUUCUAAAAGUUACACAGUGUUUCCAGGCCAUUCGGCUUGGUCAAGGAUACACGUAUGGAAUGCGUGGCCGAGGGCCGGAAUGCAUUAUUGUCGAGUACGAUGGGGCAAUCUAG